AGCCGCCUCCUUCUCGCGAGAGGCACGUGUUGCCGAGCCGGCGGCCGCGGAGAAGUCGGGGAUCGAGUCCCGUGUGGCAGGUCCGCAGCACCGCAGGAAUGGCAGACUUUGGGAUCUCAGCUGGCCAGUUUGUGGCUGUGGUCUGGGAUCAGUCUUCCCCAGUGGAGGCCCUGAAAGACCUGGUGGAUAAGCUUCAGGCGGUAACCGGCAGUGAGGGCCGAGUAUCUGUAGAAAACAUCAACCAGCUGUUGCAGUCUGCCCACAAAGAAUCCAGCUUUGACAUUAUUUUGUCGGGUGUAAUUCCUGGAAGCACCAUUCUGCACAGUGCUGAGGUCCUGGCUGAGAUGGCCCGGAUCCUUCGGCCUGGUGGAUGCCUUUUUCUGAGAGAGCCAGUAGAAACAGCUGUAGUUAACAAUAGCAAAGUGAAGAUGGCCUCUAAGCUGUGUUCAGCCCUGACUCUUUCCGGUCUUGUGGAAGUGAAAGAGCUACAGCAGGAGUCCUUGAGCCCCGAGGAGAUACAGUCUGUCCAAGAACACCUGGGUUACCAUAGUGACAGCUUGCUCUCUGUGCAGAUCACAGGCAAAAAACCCAACUUUGAAGUGGGUUCUUCUAGUCAACUUAAGCUUUCUAUUGCCAAGAAGUCUUCUCCUUCAGUGAAACCUGCUGUGGACCCUGCAGCUGCCAAGCUCUGGACCCUCUCAGCCAAUGACAUGGAUGAUGACGGCAUGGAUCUCAUAGACUCAGAUGAGCUGCUGGACCCAGAAGACUUGAAGAAACCAGACCCGGCUUCCCUGCGGGCUCCUUCGUGUGGAGAAGGGAAGAAGAGGAAGGCCUGCAAGAACUGCACUUGUGGCCUUGCUGAAGAACUGGAAAAAGAGAAAUCAAGGGACCAGAUGAGCUCCCAAUCCAAGUCGGCUUGUGGAAACUGCUACCUGGGCGACGCUUUCCGCUGUGCCAGCUGCCCCUACCUCGGGAUGCCAGCCUUCAAACCUGGGGAGCAGGUGCUCCUGAGCAGUAACAGUCUCAGUGAUGCCUAGGAAGGACGCAGCAUGGGACAGCUCUGCCCCUCCGAGCUCACCGUUGCGGUUCCUCCCAUCUCUGGAUUUGCUCACUCUCUGUUGGAAAUCCAUUUGCGGGAGGCUGCUUAGUAGAUGGAGUGCAGCUGGCUGUAGGGUAGUGGCGAGUAGUACUGCUGUGGAUCUAAAGGCCAAGGCAUCUCGGGGCCCGGUUACCCAGAGCGGGGCCUGUUCCUUCACUAGUGUUAGGGGAAUGGAACGUGUCCUGAGGAGGCUCUCCUCUCGGUGUCAACAUGCUGACCACAACACUCCCUGAGCCCAGACGUCCUUGAGUAUUAACACUCGUCAAAGAGGAUUCAUGCCUCUCUUCAAAGCUCAGCAGUAGCGCCACUACUUGUCCUCCAGAGUUGGUGGUUUACUCAACAUGCAGUUCCUGGUGACGUGAGUCAAGUGUCUCAAUGACCUCAGGCACCAAAGGAAUCACUCAUUGGUUGCUGUGGUCAUAGCCAGUGUCCUUCUACCCCCUUUCAACCCCACCCUACCUGUUUUAGUGUAUUAUACCUGUGUUCUGUUGUCAUUUCUGUUAAUCUACAGUAUUAAACUUGUAUCCUUGCA